AUGCUAUCGGAAAAUGCCAUUUCGGCAGUGGAGUUUUCAGGACCCGGACAUCAUACCACCAUCAGUGAACCAUCGAAACCGCCAUCACCUGCCAUGGCCGCUACGGCGGCGAUAAGCGAACGCAUUCACAGGCCACUCUCACCGCGAAAGUUCUUCGAAAGGCUUUAUGGCCACCUGGAUAAUCGUGAAAAUCGUGCUACAGAUCCUCAUGGUGCUGAUGCGACAGACCGCAGCCCCUCAACACAUCAGGAAGAGAGCCCAUUGGCAGUGACCAAAUUCCUUUCGCGCGAAUCCAACAGAUCCCUUUCGGUCGAUAGUUCAACGGCCGCCUCGAGUCCGGCAUCAUCCGGCUGCUCCUCGGCCGUAGACAUCGAAGAAGAUUCCUCGCGUGAUGCACCAAGUGUUUCCCCGAGCUACUGCGAACGUGAGCAAGUGACGGUGCAAGCAUCACAUGGUGCCCGAUUCAGUUCUCAGUGUAAUGUGACUUCCACGACCGGACCACCACAUAGCGGAUACGGUGGGUUUAUAGUGAACAGAACACCGACCUCCAAUGCCAUUGGAACAGCUCCAGCGACACCAAAUGUGUCCACUGGUGGUGGCACACUGUCAGCCUCACAUGGAGUGCCACCCCCAGUGUCUUCAUUUUUUGCUGCGACCGGAUCUUACGGAGGCCCUCCGUUUCGUCCGUUCUUUGGCAUCAGUCACGACGGGUCUCAACUGCCGGCGGGAUUGUCUGCAUUCCUGGCAAGACGGCGGAAAAAGGAAGGCAGACCAAGGCGCCAGCGUACUACCUUUAGUAGUGAGCAAACCUUACGACUUGAGGUCGAAUUCCACCGGAAUGAGUACAUCUCACGUGGCCGGCGCUUCGAGCUGGCUGAAGUACUGAAGCUUUCUGAGACACAAAUCAAAAUAUGGUUCCAAAAUCGCCGCGCUAAGGAUAAACGCAUCGAGAAGGCACACAUCGAUCAACAGUAUAGAACAUUUGCCGCCGUCAAUGGACUACUAACACCAUUCAGUGCACAAUAUCCAGCAGCAACGAUGAUAGCCACAACCAAGCAUGAUCUGCUCUCCUGUAGAAACGCUACAUUCUACAACGGAGGAUGGUGGCACUUUGCCUAG